CGAGUUAUCGUUCUUCCUGCGAGUAUGUCGUAAGAACCUCGAUCUCGGGGUUUCUCGCGGGGCUGUAGCUACUACAAUCAUGUCGGGCAUGGAAGUAUUAGAAGAGCCAACUGAGAAUGGUAUCGACGAAGACGACGACGUGGCCAUGAUGGAAGCAAACCCACUAGAUCAAGCCGAAAUAAAGAAGGAAGAAGGCAACACAUUUUACAAACAAAAGAAAUACAAGGAUGCUUUGGAGUGCUACAAUCAAGCUAUUAAUUUGUGUCCAACAUGUGCAGCAUACUAUGGAAACCGGGCAGCUACAUUUAUUAUGUUAAACAGAUACAAAGAUGCACUGGCUGAUGCUCAACAAGCAGUUAACAUGGACCCUAAUUUUGUCAAGGGCUAUAUACGAGAAGGCAAAUGUCAUAUGGCCUUGGGAAAUGCAUUAGCAGCUUCAAAAAGUUUUAAUCAUGCAUUGGAGCUUGAAGCUGAUAACAGUGUUGUCCUUGCAGAGGUAAAUAGUCUCAAAAGCUUACAAGAUCAUGAUGCAAAAGUGGAACUUAACUUUGGAAAAGGAGAUUACCGGACGGCUAUAUUUAACCUUGAUCGCUGUCUGGAUAUAAGUCCAGCUUGCACUCGGUAUAAAGUUCUCAAAGCUGAGGCCUUCACAUACCUUAGUCGGUUUCAGGAAGCCCAGGAGAUAGCAAAUGAUAUCCUCACUCGAGAAGGUAUGAACGCAGAUGCCAUAUAUGUGCGUGGAUUAUGUCUAUACUAUCAAGACAACACAGAAAAGGCUUUUCAGCACUUUCAGCAGGUGCUGCGUCUGGCUCCUGACCACAGCAAAGCUCGUGAUGCUUUAAGGAGAGCCAAGCAGUUAACAACACAAAAGGAGGCUGGCAAUGGCGCUUUCCGAGGAGGCAAGUUCCAGGAUGCAUAUGAUCUGUAUACACAGGCUCUACAAAUUGAUCCACACAAUCGCUCUACGAAUUCUAAACUCUACAAUAAUCGGGCCACUGUCAGUGCUAAGCUUAACAGGCUAGACCAAGCUAUAGAAGAUUGCAAUCAAGCAAUAAAACUUGAUGAAACUUAUGUGAAAGCUUAUUUACGACGUGCUAAAUGUUACAUGGAUACAGAACAGUAUGAAGAAGCAGUCCGAGAUUAUGAGAAAGUAAUCAAAUUACAGAAGUCACAAGAGAACAAACAGCUACUUCAUGAAGCCAAAGUUGCUUUAAAGCAGAGUAAAAGAAAAGAUUACUACAAAAUCCUGGGUGUUACCAGGUCUGCAUCAGACGAUGAAAUCAAAAAGGCUUACAAGAAACGUGCCCUUAUUCAUCACCCAGAUCGACACUCUCAUGCAACUGUAGAAGUGCAGAAAGAGGAAGAAAAGAAGUUCAAAGAACUUGGAGAGGCAUAUAGUGUUUUAUCAGAUGACAAAAAGCGUGCACGCUAUGAUAAUGGACAGGACUUGGAUGACUCAUGUGGAGGCUUUAGUGAUAUAGACCCUAACCAGAUUUUCCAGGCAUUCUUUGGUGGUGGAAUGGGUCCGGGAGGCAUGCAUAGCUUCUCAUUUGGUGGACCUCAAAGUGGAGCAGGACCUAGUGGCUUUCCUGGUGGCUUUUCCUUUCAUUUUGGAUAAGCAGAGAUGUAUGCUAGUGUAUCUUUUGCAAGAAUGCAUGCCAUGUCUCCCAGAGCAUUGCAAAAUGAUAUGCAGGUGCAACGAAUAGAUAACAGCAACUAAAAGACAUGUUUUAGAUGCCCUGUAUGUCCAUUUGUUGCUGCUCAACUGAACUGUAAAUCGGUACCUUCUUGACGUUCUUUUACGAUUCUUUUUCCCUUUUUUGUCCCACUUGUGUCUGUGGAGCAUGACUUUUGACGGAAUGAAAGUGUGUUCAGUAAAUGCUAACUCUGAUGAUGACAUUUGCAAGAUACCGAGAAGGAUUCUUUCAAUUAGUAAAUUUGUUUACAAGCUGAUUUCUGCGUAGGUGUUAAGCUUUUGUUUUUUCCUCUUGAAUGCCAUUGAGCAACAUAUACAUAACAUUUUUAACACCAUUCCUUUUACAUCCUACAGUAUUGUUGAUGUACUGAUUCUUAUACAGUUAUAUUUAGAUAUGCUUUCUGUUUCUUAGAAAAGUGGAGAAGUAGAGCAGUUUGUAAUGUUGAUGUGCCUAGAGACUUCUUCGUUCUUGUUUUCUAUUGAUGGUAACAGAAAUGUAUGGCAAUAAAAGUGACUGCAAGCAUCAUCAUUGAAAAUCACACUCAGGCCAGAGAACAUUUUGUACAAAAAGAAAAAGCAUGUAAGAGCAGCAGGAACUGCAGUCUGUUGCUAGUGACAAUACUUCAGACAUGUUCAGGCUCAACAAGAGACAGCAUAGUGCACAAACUGAAUGACAGCUGUUGUCAUUAAGAUCCUUGCCUGACUAUGGAAUCAACACCAAAAGCCUUUGAUACAGACUUGUAACGGGCAUUUUGUCCUUUCAUGUGGGGUGCAUGCAGCUUCAGGAGAUUAAAUGUCUUGUUUUUUGUUAGUUGAGCUGGUUUCUCAUCAAAUGAGUGCUGAGAGUUGUAAGCAUGUUGGCAAGUCUGCAUGUAGCAAUAGCUUUUAGCCCAUCCCUGUGCCCCAGUUUAUUAUGUCAGGAUGAUGUUGAAUUGAAUGAAAGAUAUGAGAAGUAAAUAAGGUUCUCAAUGAGAAGUACUGGAAAGACUUUUUAAAGAUUUGAAUUUCAUGUGAUUAGUAGCAAUUGUAUUAAUGUCUUAGUGGAUUGUGGGUGUACUUGUAUUUUAAAGAGAAAUUUUAUCCUGCCUUGGUUACAGGCACAAUUAUCAUACAAGUAUCCAUUGUUGCAUGCCUGUGCACAUGCAUUUAUCUACACACACACACAUAUAUAUAUAUGAGAGAAGCAGAAAAUGCUGAUUAAUUUAUGAUAAUAAGAGAAGUCCUUGAAUAUUAGAGAUGCAGAUAACUUCAUUUUUGUUUAAUCUUAAGAAUAUUGCAUCUUGAUUUUAUCAAUAGAAGUCAUCUGACGAAAAUUGUACAUUCACUGAAUAUAGAACAGGAGUUUUCUUAGCAAGUUAAGAAAUUGUGGAAUAAUGAUUUUUGCAUUCAAAAUGGCUACACAAAACCAUUGGCUUAUACAAAAGAAGUGUUUUCCCUGAGAUUGGUGCACCAUCCUUGUAGCUUUUUAUGAUGAUUCAUUAAAAAAUGUGCUUGCAUGCACGCACAGUCUCUCACUUAACUCUUUCCUAAUAUAUUUGAAAUAUUAAUAGUGUAAGUAGUGUUUGUGGAUGGUAGUUGAUCUACUACUCAUGGCAUUUCAGAUUUUUUUGUUGUUGGUUAAAGUCCUUGCCUCCAGUCUGUGUAUAUUUGGCCACAUAGAAUUCCAACUUUGAGGCAUAUCUAUAGAUGAGAAACAAAAUAAGAAUCUGAGAAGCCUGUUUGCAUAGUCCAUGGAAACCUCUGGUUUAUAGCUGUGGAACUUGGCAUGUUUGUAGAAAAUGAAAAGUAUCUGGUUUUGAAGCUGUUGGCUGGUUUCCCAAAUUUUCCAGCUACUUGAAUGGUCUUUUAAAUUUCAAGUGAUUACCACAGGUAGGGCAUGAAAUGUGUUUCUCACUGCUUUCUGUUGGAGAUCUCGGAUAGAGGAUGACAAGGAGGGUAAAAGGUGUGGUCAUUCUGAUCCAUGACUGGGGCAGAGGGAAUAGAAAAUAUGACUACCAUGACUGCAGUUUUUGUGAUGCAUGAUUAGAAUAAGAAUAUAAAAACCCCAAUAAAUCUGAAGACGCUGAGGAGCCCCUGCGUUCAAAGACAUGUAGAGAUAAGCUUGUAUUCUCUAGGGUAGAAGCUGUGCUGUCAUCUCCUGAAUACUUGGAAGCUUGCUUCAUCAGAGAGUUGGUUUUCUGGUGUGAGCAUUCCUGGCAGAUGUGGCUUGUAUCUAUGUUCAUAGAUUUCAGGUAGGCAUUGAAUCGACAGUGGCCAGUAUUUACUCUCCAGCUUUGAAACAGUUUUGUGCAUAUCUAUAUUUCAGUAGGUAGCAGCACUAUUCUGUAAACAGUAAACAGUCUUAAACUACAAAACCAUAAACCUAUCAGCCACCCAAGCAAAAUCAUACUAAAAUAAUCUCUAAAUACAUCAACACUAUCACUGAAGAACUGCUAGCAGAACAGGCUGGCGUCAAACCAGGAAGGAGCACAACUGUCACAUUUUGAUAGUAAACAUCUACAACACCAGCAAGAUCUCUUCCAUAACUCAAGCUGGUCUGGUUUGGCCAUGGGACCUGGCAUGACGCUCUUAAGACUGUUCUUUGGGGUCUCAUGGAAAAGGAGUAAACGUAGAGAUGGACAAAAAAUAGUUUACAAAUGUGAAGGAGUGGGCUCGUCACUACUUGCAGUAACUGCUGACCACUCAAAACAGGUCCCAGUGGCAAGCCUUCUCAGCCAGUCUGUCCAGUUGUUUCCCCAUGACCAAUACCAGGGGACUGGUCAACUGUGAAAUUAGUGAAUAAUGAGCAGUGCUUUUGCAAAAAUUCUUUACUUCUGUGGAAGAGAGAGAACAUCUAUCGCUAAGUGUGGAGAAAGGUGGAGUAGAUUUACCAUUUCAGAUCUUAUCAUGUAUUUUGCAUUUGCUACUGGAUUCCUGUGGUAGUCACAGAUGAGAUUUGUGACUUGGCAGCUGUAUGUGUUGGUUAUAUAGAAAUAAUGUUUUUCUGAGUUAUCUUUGAUGUGCUUCAGUGCAUUCACAAGUUUUCUGCUGCUAAUGUUGUGUUAUAAGCAUAUGCAGAUUUGUGCAUUAUGUUCAAGAUAUUCACAAAGUACAUGUCCUUUAUUUAAGGAACCAGAUGAUGACGGGGGAAAAAGGCUUCUGUGUGAAGCAGUCUGUAGAUUAGGAUACAUGAAAUGAAGAAAGUUAAAUCCAUUUCAUAUUGGAGGCAGCCUUUCAGUUGAUGCCCAAGGGAUGAGUCAGGUUUUAUAUUUCUCAUAAGUGUGGAUGCAAGAUUUAAUAAUACAAGCAAAUGGUAGACAGGUCUGGAUGUUUUUUGGUUGUGUUAAUAUAUAUUCUCAAGGCUGAUCAAGUGUAUUCAUUAGUUACCCUCCAGUUUAUGGUCUGCUGUCUUAAAAUGUUUCUUUUAUGAGUAUAUUCAUCUGGCUUAGAGGAAAAUGUGUGUGUCAAGAAGAGGAGGUGGGUCAUAAGAGAGACAGGAUCUAGAUUUAUCAUGGAAGUGAAGAAAUAGUAAAUUUAACAAGCUUUUUUUAAAAUCACAUUGUGAAACCAUCAUAAACAUUUAAUCACAUUGUGAAACCAUCAUAAGGAAACUAAGCAGUGCACCUCCCCACUUGUUGAACUAACCACCUUAUCAAAAACAUUGCAAAACCUUGAGAAAGGUCUUUGCCAUUGCUUAGACUAGAUGACUUUGGUACUGUAGAAACUUGCAUUUUUUUAUUUGUUAAUAAAAUUUAAACCAGAAAAUGUCACACCUUGUGCACACCUGGUCCAUCUUAUAUUUUCAUUUAUACCUGUAUGCCAUCAUUCUGAAUCUGUGUGUGGGUGUGUGCCUGUUUGUAGCUAGCUAAUUUUCUUUCCUUUUACCCUGUAUAAAUGACAAGUUUUAAGUAAUUUUUGCUGAACAGAAUAUCAGUGGCAAGUUGCUGUAAUCUUAACUUUUGAAAGGAUACGUUUUUUUUAAAUGUGACUGUUAUUGUCUUAUGUGUCAUUUGCUGGUGUACAAAAUUAUUUCCAAGUGCCAAUUACUUUGAGGCAGUUUAAAGAGAGCAUCAUGAUCUGACUGAGAAACACUUUUUUGGGGGUGGGUGGGAGGGGAGGGCUGCAUAGGCCACCAAGUAAAAUUCCAAUUAAUACUUUUGUGGGUUUCUUACAUAUUCAAUGCAUAUAUGUUUAAAUAACCACUGGAGUUGCAGCAUGGACGGAUAGUGUAAAGUGUAAAUGGAAUUGUAAAUUAAGGGAGAACACAAUGUAAUGCAUUUUUUUGUUGUUGUUGCAAAUUUGGAUUUUUUGUGGUAAUUUUUGACUCUGCUGUUCAAAUGCACGUUUAAAGGCGGUCAUGAAUGGAUAACUUAGUAAGCAGUAGGAAAAUGUUAUAUCACAUUUCAUCAACCUCUCGUCUCCAUUGAUGGAUGUCUCAGCAGAUGGGUGGUAGGAAGGUGUGGUAACAAAUUGUGUAUCAGUCAUCAUUGAUAUGUCCCCCGUUUCUGGUGCACAACAGCGAAAGGUUAUGUCGUUGACUGAGAAGGAUGUGGAGUCGCCAUGCUACCUACUUUAAGGUAUAAUGGAUUAUCUCCCAUCUCUCUACCAUCGUGGCGUGAAGUUAUACUCCAGUUCUGGUGUCAAUAAAUGAUUUGAACUUGC